CAGUGCACAGUAAAUAUUAUCCGACUUUGCGGAAGCAAAGCCGAGCGAACGCGUGCGCGCGGCAACGUCUCGAUAAUUCGGCAGCAGGAACGUGCGUAUCUUUCGCGAAUCGUGUGCUCGCCGUGUGCGGCCGUGCAGCACACACAGAACCGCCUGUAUAACGGGAGCCUGACGGCCGGCGGCGGCCGUUAGCAGUGGAGGGUUUCUACAUAUAGAGGUGAGCGCCGCUCGCGAAACCGUUCAGUCUCCUCCAAACCGCGUAGCAAUAAAAGACACGGGUGUAAAUAAUAAAGAGCAUCGCCCAGCGCCAUCCGCCCGAGGCGUCGAUCGCUACAUCGAUUGAGUGAGCAUCAUCGAGCGACCAGCGGAAAGCGGGGGACCAGCGGAACCGCCGCGUUUCCGCAGGAACUGCCGCGCCGUCGGCCUCACGGGGACUUUUCCUCGAGUGAUCCGCUCGCGGACUCGACACGUCGUCGCGUCGUCCGCAAGCGCGAGAACGCGUUCUUCCCGGGUGAUCUCUUAGUCGCACCGAUAUGGAGCAAGGCGGCAUUUCGAUAAUGUCCUCAGCGGGCGUCGUGGAGAGCUCGGCCGGCAAGUCCAAGAGCAUCGGCAUCACGCUGAGAUCGAACGGCAGCAUGCGGACGGCGAAGGAGAAGCUGAAGGCGCCCUGGCUGAAGAAGCUCGUGAAGGUGGACACCACGUUGUGGGACACGUUCUUGGCCGCUCUGGGGGAAGUGAUCGGCACGGCGAUGCUGGUGUUCGUGGGAUGUAUGGGAUGUAUCGGCACUAUGGGACCACUACCGCCGUCGUCCGUGCAAAUCGCCCUCACCUUUGGCUUCGCCGUUAUGGUCGCGAUACAGUGUGUUGGCCACAUCAGCGGGGCUCACCUUAAUCCGGCUGUUACAGCGGCGGCCGUAAUCGUCGGCAACACGUCCCUCCCGAUCGCUGGAGUCUACAUGGUUGCACAAUGUUUGGGUGGUCUGAUAGGUUACGGCCUGCUGAAGAUGAUAACGCCAAACGCGCUCCUACGCGCUUCCAAGCUCUCGGACAGCGCGUCUUUCUGCAUAACGGAUCUUAAUUCGGAGCUGACGCCCGCGGCUGGAGUCAUGGCUGAGCUUUUGGCGACAGCAAUACUCAUAUUUUUCGCCUGCGCGGUCUGGGACCCGCGUAACGCGAGUAACUCCGACUCGCUCUCGCUCAGGUUCGGCCUCUGCAUCUCGGUGCUGUGCUUCGCCUUCGCGCCUUACACCGGCUGCAGCCUCAACCCGGCCAGGACUUUCGCACCUGCUGUCUGGAACGGCUACUGGAACAAUCACUGGGUGUACUGGAUCGGACCGCUCCUAGGAGGCAUCAUAAGCGCCUCGAUCUACCGCUGCGUGUUUUCGCCCAAGACAGAGCAAGACAACUCCACGCAAGACGCGAGCACCUUGAACGGCAUCGAGACGUAGACGAAAUUGUACGCGGGCGAAAUUGCAUUCCGGUCGUCGGUGGUUCACAAAUUGAACGAGAAAUCCUGAUCCAUCCGCUGGUAUUUUCCUCGGUUGAAAAAGGGAGGACGUUGUGAAAGUUCCGGCGGAAACUCUCUCGUGCGGAGCAACGGAAGCAGAUCGGACAGGCAUCGAACUUUGCGGAUUUUUACUUCCAAGGCGCUCGGAAACGUCUCAUUCGAGCAUCCUGCGGCGACGGAGGUGGAUCGCAACUCGAUCGCCACGCGCCGAGGACUUCUCGACCACAGACUGAUCUGACGAUGAUUACUUUUGUAUGAAAAAGAAAAAAACGAGCGAGCAAAGAAGAAAAGGAAGGAUUUGCAAGACGGCAAAGUCGUCGUGAAGCAUACCGCGACGCCUCCGUGCGCUUCCACGCGCUAAACAUGGAAAAUCCCGCAUUCGUAUUCGUUACGAUAAUUAUUUUUUGUUUAUCUUACUCCCCGUAUCACGGCUGGGCGGAAUCACCUGGGUAGAACUGCGUUUCAAGCGAAGCAAAAUGCAAAAUACAAAUUAAAAAGCGCCCCGUGCGCUGAAAUGUUUAUUCCGGGCAGAAAACAUGCGCGAGAUAGCGCGUAUCUCAAGUGGCUCACAAAAUAGUUUUGUAUGUGAUAUAAUAAUUACAGGAUAAAUAAAUACUCUCGAAUAUAUAUGUGUUAUUUGGGAAAAGACGAGAUUGCGAAAAUUAUAUUUUGCCUUUGAAACGUUUACGUCGGAUGUUUAUUCGAAAUGCUGUCCAGCCGCAGUUGAGGUAGAAAUUUGCCGAGCCGCGCUCCGGCUCUGGAAAUUUGUCUCUUUUGUGAGUUUUCCCGCAUCUUUUCACCGUAGAGAGUUGUGUCAUUUUGCUCGUAGCGAAACCCCCUACAUCCGACCUCCACACUUGCGAUAUAACUUUUCCCCCUCGCACCUGCCGUUCCUACAAUUCCCCCGCUUUGAAUAUCUCUUGCCUUCUUUGUUAGAUUAUUCUUUACGAGCACACAGCUUUUAUUUCCUUUCAAUUUAUGCUUCUCUUCGCCGUCAUUGCUCCUUUGUCUCUCCAAGUGCCUAUUCUCGCUCUGCUAUCACACGCCGCCUUUCGUUAUUUUUCUCAUUCGAUGUACCUCCUCCACGCUCGCUCCCAAUUGUAAUUCCUGUUUCAAUAGUUGCCGCACUGAUCCUUUCGCAGUGUUUCCUCGAUUGUUCAAUCUUCGCAUUUAAUUACUACGUCCCGCUCUCCCCUUUCAAGUUACAAGCGAACUGUAUGUAGGCGCGCUCACGGUUGCAUUUGUGCGAGCCUCGUGCCGAUGUUAGAGACAUGCACGCAUGAACACAGGUCUCUCGCACACAGACACACAUACACACGCGCAUACCGCGAAUUUAUCCUAUUUCCUGCUUAUUUCUUCUCUUUGCAGCGCGCGAAGCGCACGAAAAAGAAAUCUCACAUGCAUUAUGCGGUAGAGCCUCUGCAGGCGCAUCGCUGCGCUUUUUAUUAAUUAUUAGUGAAUUUAUGGGUUACAGACUCGCGGCCGAGCCGCUCUCGCUCGCAUUCUGCUAAAAUUCGCCGCCGUUAUAUCGCGCGCGGUGUAUGUACGUUAAGGCCGACGUUGAAGUGGCUGCUCUCUCGCGGAGCAUAACGCGGCGCGGCUCUGUCUCUCUCUCUCUCUCUCUCUCUCUCUCUUAUCCCUACUGCGACGAAAUUCGAAAUAACGGAAUUAGUCUCGGCAAAUUCAGGAAAUUACCUCCAUCGCCGUCGGUCGUGCCAAAGUUUUAAUUGUACUCGGUACAUGUCUGUAUGUGUGGUAUGCGUGUGCGCGUGCAUGCGUGCGCGCGCGCGCGCGUGUGUGUGUGUGUGUACGCGAUUGCAAUUACGUUCGCGGCUUAAUGUAUAUGUAAAUAUAAGAUACACGAUGGAUAUCGUGUCGCUUUCCACUCCUA